UCAAUAGAAGAUCUCAGAGGGAGCGAUCGAGCAAGAUAGACGUCACAGGCUCGCAGCUUGCCGUUAGCCCAUUUCGGACCUCACCGGACGUUGAUUUAUUAUUUCGGGAGGCAAACUGAAGUAUAUUAUAGAGAGAAGGUCGUUUCAUUCCCGGCAGCAGACCACGCGGUGCACUUUUCUUUCACAUAACACAAAACAAGCAGCCAGGGUGGAGGCAGGGCGAGCCGGCAUAACGUAACAUCUGUGACGUCAGCGCUUGUUCCGCCGGGUUUGCCGUCUCGCCUCCACAGUUAGGCUGGAGGGCCACUGAGCGAGAUCAAUUGACUUGAACGUAUCUGAAUCCUGAGAUCGCUAGUGUGUACUGAUGGAGAAGAGGAGGUCGGACUGUCCAGCUCUGCCACCCGGCUGGAAGAAGGAAGAAGUGAUCAGGAAGUCCGGUUUGAGCGCUGGCAAAAGCGACAUCUAUUACUACAGUCCUACAGGGAAAAAGUUCCGGAGUAAACCUCAAUUGUCCCGUUACCUUGGAAACAAAGUAGAUUUGGCGUGUUUCGACUUCCGGACGGGGAAGAUGAUGCCUGGCAAACUGCAGAAGAACAAACAGAAACUCCGACAUGACCAACUGAGCCUGGCAAAGGGAGGUAAGCCUGACCUGAACACGAGUUUGCCCAUCAGACAGACGGCAUCCAUCUUUAAACAGCCCGUUACCAAGAUUACAAAUCACCCGGGAAACAAGGUAAAGACAGACCUACAGAGAGCGACUGAGCAGCCCAGACAGCUUUUUUGGGAGAGGAGGUUAACAGGUUUGCGAUCAUCAGAUGUCUCACAGGAAGUGCUAAGAACAAUGGAGCUGCCCAAAGUCCUACAGAGUGUUGGUCUCAACUCAAGUGAUGACACUCUGCUGUCAGCAAUUGCAAGUGCUCUCCACAUGAGCUCUGCUCCUAUCACAGGACAGACAUCUGUGGCAGCCGAGAAGAACCCAGCAAUCUGGCUGAACACGUCCCAGCCGCUCUGUAAGGCCUUCACUGUGACUGACGAGCAAAUCCGGGAGCAGGAGCUGAAGGUGCAGCAAGCAAGGAGGAGUCUGGAGGAGGCACUAAUGGCAAACAGCUUGGCACGGGCUGCUGAAAACAGCAAACAGAUGUCGGAAGAAAAAGCGACUUAAAGUCAACAAACAAGAAAAUAGACAGGGUUCCUCUGUUCACCAGCCUCAGGUUUAUCAUUCUCUUCAUCUGGACCGAAACAACAAACCAACACAAUUCGUGCAGCGUUCCUCUUCAAACAAGUCUUUCCCCUGGGUGACAUCAGACCGGAUAUAAAAAGCCUCUCAUUAACAUGAUAACAAGUAACAGUAACUAUUGUAUAUAGCAACAGAGAGUGCUCUGCGAAAAGAGGAAAAAGAGCAAGCCUCUGAUCAAAACGUUCCGUGAACUUUUAAAGAAGCUCUUAUUGUGUGUCCGUUUCAAACUUAUUAUAAGUAUUUUUAAAAUGAGCAUCACCCUCAUAUUAGAAGAUAACAGGUUGCAAACUGCUGGACGGCCUUUGCUAACUGCUUAAUUUACUCUUCCUGUGCUCUCUGAUGAUUUUUGAUGUCGAAAUUUUGUUCACAUUCAGGGUUUUUCAUUGAGUAAUGAAUUUACAUGAAUAUGAAAAUGAAAAUUUAUUUAAUGCAAAUUUUAUACCUUGACAGAACAGUCAUGUACAUUUUUCAGACUGCCGUAAAUAAAUGAUUAUAUUCGCAAA